AUGGAUGUGGAAAUGACCGAUGCAAACACCAGCCUGUCGUCUGAGACCAUCGUGAGUUUGGCACCCAUGAUCAUUACCCGUCUCCUGCUAACAUCAUCGAAGACGUCUGAUAGGGAUUUGGUGAAGACCGUACGAUCUCUCGACCAGACGGGCCCCGGAGCCAAUGGCGAAAACCUUGAUCGAGUGUGGAAGCAGCUUACUUCCGCUAGUCAGAGCCCGUUCUCUGCGGCCGAAGAGAGCGUCCUCAGAUGGCUUCUCAAGGUUAUGAAAGCGAACAACGACGAAGCCGAGACGAUUCGACGAUUCCCUCUGACAUGGCGCAUACUCGGCUGUGCUUUCCAGAGAAUACCUCUCUUCUCUCUUGCAAAGUCACUUGCCGAUCGAAAGUUCAUGGCGGUUCUGCAGCAAACCCUCAAGGGUGUCGCAAAGCCCAGCACUGAAGCCAAGAUGUUGGAUUCGAAGUCGAAGAAGAGGAAGAGGGCGAGCACCGUGAUGUUUGAGUUACAGACCCUCAAGUCGUCCGAAGGCUGCUUAGCAACUGGGGAGGCUAUAUUCGGCGCGCUGAAGAUCAUCUUGGCACGUCUGGACCCGGCGGCGCAAUGGUCUGCCCACGACAGAAUGGGAGCGGAACAUAUCAAGGCACUCUUUGCACAACCUGCCACUGAUGCGGUAGAUUACCUUGCGCCUCUACUUUCACUUUGUGACUACUCUCUGUCAGCAUCAGAUACCGAACUCUUCGAAACGCAAGAGUCCUGGGUGAGGGUAUUCUCUUCCGCUUGGGAGUUGCAUCUUCAGGGAGGUGCCGACGCAUUGGAAGUAGCGACACAUUUCUCGCGCACGUCUUUCUCCAUCCUCGGAAAGAUCAGGCAGCGGCUAGAUGUUGACGACCAAGUGGCCAGGCUCUGGACCCGAGAUCUAGACAGGUUUCUGCAGCGCAACCUGGUUCUGCCGUCUAGGUCAGCGUACCUAAACAGAAACGACCUUGAGGUCGUCAUCCGUGCCUUCGAGAUGGUCAAGAGCAAUGCUUCGGUUUCCGUGCCGAUUCUUUACAGCCUGGUGUCAUCUGCACCAAGAGUUGUUGGUGGACUCACCACAACCAAGGCCGAGGAGGCCUGGAUGCAGGAAGUCUUCAAGAUGUCUGAGCGUACAAUCAAGCAAUUGUCCAGUGACCAAAAGUCGCAGGCAAUGGCCAUGAUUCUCGAGGAAGCGAUUAGGAACAAGUCACGCAUUGCCCUGGACGAUCUUCGAUUGGUCUGCAACAACUAUGCAAUUGCCGGCAGUCCUAGUGAAACUGAUUGGCGUCUCCUCUCGCUCGUUGCUAAGUGUGACGCGGAUGCUUUCCUGCAGUCUGAAGAGGGUUCACAACUGUUUGAUCAAGUGUGCGACAGAAUCACUGAAGUCGGGCCGAAGGCCGACGAGGCGACUAUGCUUGAGCUCAUCGAGUCGUUGAUCACCGGCUUCGAAAACGCCCGCGACUUGUCGACGUUCUUGCAGAAGUGGUUUUCCCAACUCUCAUUAUUCGAGGACAAGGCGCUACGCUCUGGCGACCGGCCUGUCUGGUUCACCAGGGUGCAUCGCAACCCAACGCUUAUUGGCGGCAUCGAGAAGUCUUUAACCAACAAACAAAUCGUCAGCUUACUGCAAUGGAUCGAAGGCCAGGAGAGCCUCCGGCCGGCAGCAGUCCUGAUCUUCCUCAACACCAUCGCAUCCGCGAUCACCAAAGACGACUUUGCCGAUGCUGUCGGUACCCAACUGUCGGACCUUACCCUGAAAAUCUGGUCUUCUAGCAAGACCCCGUCUGAUAUCCGUUCUUUACGAUGGAGAAUCAUUUCCAAGACAGUCUCCUGGCUAGACUAUGAGCAAGCUACUGCUCUCUGGGAUAAGGUUCAGGCCGACCUAACGAAAGUACUGCAAAAAACUAAGUUCGAUGACGAAGACACAUGCGAGGCCUUGGAUUGCGCAUACCACUUCUGGUUGUCCAUGUACCCAGAUGGCCGCGAUCAGACCGAUCUUGCUUCACUACUCACGACUUUCGUUGAGAGGCUAUUGAAGAAGGUGAAAUUGGAAGAUCUCAAAGGGUUGGUUGAUACUCGAGAUCUCUCAAGUACAAACACCUCCGACGUUCCCAAGUUCUGCUCAGAGUUUCCCUUAGCUGCGUCAAGGCUCGUAGAUUUGCUUGCCAAGUCUUCCGGCACUGUGCCUGAUUACCUGCACCGGAUCCUUAGCGUGAAGGUAUCUAAGGACAGCGGGACGCAACUAGGAAACGUUAUCCAUGCUGUUGUUUCAAACGAGAACAACAUUGGUAACAGAAAGCUCGCGGGCGGUGUGGUUGAUUACACCAUUGAAAUAUUCUCGCAAGUGUCAAGCAAGUCGUUUCCCUGGGUCGAGAAGCGCAGCAGAGUUGCUAUGAUCGAGCUUUCAAGAAUACCCGAUGAAUCGAUUACGAGACAGCAGAGAGAGCGGCUUAUGGAGAUUAUGAUUCCCAAGAUACAAGCGGCAGCCAAGAUUGAUCUCCAGGACUGGCAUCUAAUUUUAGGGCUCUUGGUGAAGCUCAUGCGAAGAUCAACCUUCUACCAGAACAUGUCAUUCUUCGACCUACAGAACAUCGCAAAUUCGUUGGCACCGCUCUGUGACGAAAGCGACUCUAGAACGGCUCUCGGAUUGUCCCAGCUUUUGUACCAACUGGCAACAGCUACUGUACGUCAAAUGAACGACCACCAGGAGUGGCGCACGCAGUACUUCGGAAAAUUUUCGACUCUCUUGGAGGACCUUGCGGGCGAUGGCUCUUCUGUACAGAUGACUCUGCUCAAAGCACUGCUUAUCGUCGUGCUCCCUGAAAUUGGGCAGAAGGAAAAGGUUGCUGUGUUUGACAUAGAUGAGACGACGUCGGCCUUAGGAAGCAUUGUUCAAGAUACCUUGAGUAACUUUGCCAAGGCGUGGCGAAAACAGAAGAUCAACAAGACAUUGGUCAACCGGGUGCUGAUUGCACUGGACGCAGCUGAGGCUCUGCCGGAAGCUGUUGUCGAACAGCUGAAGGUUAAGGUUUCCCAGCUGGAGGAGGCCAGUCAACAGGCCAUCUCCAACGGCUGCUUUAGUGGCUGGAAGUUGCAGUCGUUCCUCAUCAAGCGUUUCUCGUCAAAAGUGGCCGACGCUCGACCGACCUCGUUCGGCCAGCUUUUCAGCACCGCCCUGUCUGCGUCGUUGCCUAGCGGUCCAGUCCCUGACCCCCUUGCUGACUUCAACCGACAAAAUAUCCUUGAAGAUACCGUUGAUGCGGCUAUCGCUGGUCUUGACUAUAAUGGCAAGGUUCAGUACGUUCAGAAUCUCCUGGCCGGCGUCCAGGCAGACCCAGCACCUCAGGCUGGCUGUUCCUCUGAGGGUCAGCUUCUGGCUAUCCGCCGGGUAGUCACCCGAAUGACGGGUAAGUCUUCGUUCCCUUCACCUCAAGCUGAACAAGCUCUGACGAGUAAUCCAGAAGCUCCCGCCGGACUCGAGAAGUCCAAGACCUUCGACCUGGCUACGGCCCAUGGCACGCUAAUCAGAUAUUUGACCCAGACAAAGACUGUCCGCGAGUUCGUCAGAACUGCCGAGGUUCUCCAGCAGUUCCUUGAUGUCAAGUCCAACGCCAUGACUCAGUGGAACAUCGAGGCAACUCUGAGUACAGUCGCAGUGAUCGUUGCCAACGAUCCUGGUCGCCUCCUCGAAGCCUCCCCAAGUGUGUACCAGUGGCUCUGCAAGCUCAUGGAGGUGGUCAUCAAGAAACACCGCCUCCGUCUCGAAGGUCACUACCACAUCCUCAUCACCACCCUUGAAGCCCUUCUCGGCGCCCUGGCCCGCCCCUCGUCGCAAUACAAGACUUCCAUAUCCGUCCGCGCAAAGCACGCCACGCAUUUUACGCGCCUUGUCACACUCAUCUGCGAGCCCGCAGCGGCAGCCGUCUCGCGCGUGCAACAUUUGAGUGCCCUCGACUCGGCGACCGACGCGGCCAAACGCUCCGCCGGUCGGCACAUGUACCUCGUGCUCAUGGCGUAUGUCAAGAUGCAGCUCGACGUCGACGUUCCGCGUGACGUGCGCGAGGCGUUGGAGCCGGGUAUGAACUCUGUCUUCGACAUCACACCGCUCGAGGUCAGGAAGAUCCUAAACGAUAGCAUGGACGCUAGUGGAAGGGCGAUUUUGAGGGAAAUGUAUAAAAGAUACACCAAGUUUGGCAAGUGGAGCGGUGUAUAA